AUGUCUGAAGCAGCCAAGCCCGACCCCGCCGCCGAGCAGGUCGCCAACCCUGCGGCGACUCUUGUCCAGGACGAGACCGCAAAGGUCACAACAGACAAGGCUGCCGACAAGCCUGAGACUACCACUACCACCGAGAGCAAGGAUGACAAGCCCAUCACCGAGAAGGCGACAGAGGCAGCAGCCGCAGUGAAGGACAACGUCUUCUCCAUGUUUGGUGGCGGCCCCGCAAAGGUCAAGAAGGACGAGGAAGACGACGCCAACGAGCCAUCAGGUGCCUCGAAGCCCAAGGGCGAUGACGAAGACCCCGAGAACGAGGAGCCCGAUGUCGAUUUCCAGCCCGUUGUCCACCUCACCGAGAAGGUCGACACCAAGACCAACGAGGAGCUCGAGGAGCAAGUUUUCAAGAUGCGCGCCAAGUUGUUCAAGUUCGACAGGGAGUCGCGGGAGUGGAAGGAGCGUGGCACUGGUGAUGUCCGGUUAUUGAAGCACAAGGAGAACGGCAAGACCCGUCUUGUCAUGCGACGAGACAAGACACUCAAGGUCUGCGCCAACCACUACGUUGUCCCCGACAUGAAGCUGUCGCCCAACGUAGGCAGCGACCGCAGCUGGGUUUGGAACGCCGCCGCCGAUGUUAGCGAAGGCGAGCCCGAGGCUCAGACUCUGGCUAUCCGUUUCGCCAACAGCGAGAACGCCAACCAGUUCAAGGAGGCUUUCAUCAAGGCCCAGCAGGAGAACGAGGCGCUUUUCGGCAAGUCGGAGCAGUAG